GAUGCGACGUCACAUGUUUGCGGUCGGAGCUUGUGGGCAGAGAAGAAGCUACUUUAGCUUAGCUAAAGUCUUUUACCUGCUCAGCAUUGAAACACGUCAAAUCUCUGCUGUCGUAGUAAUGGUCUGAGCAAACCUCCUCCUAACCCACCGGAGGACUAACAGCGUGUUUCCACCGACGGAGCGGCCAGCGACCCACCGACUGGAGGAAGGAUGUCCAGCCGCCUAGCCUUUCAGACCCAGCUGGCCUCCAUCAUGGAGGUCCUGGCUAACGCCGCGGUGGCGGAGAUCUGUAAGCUGGUGGACGAUGAAUACGCCGUGGUGAGUUUACAGAUGUCCCAGUGCCAGAGAGAGAACAAAGCCCUGAAGAGAAAGCUGCAUCUGCUGGAGCUGAAGAUGGCCCGGGGAAACGCCGAGAGGAGGCUCCGGGAGAGCGCCAUGAACAGCAGCCGGCCGAGAGUCCAGAUACACCCGGGAGACAGAGUCCGGGAGUCCUUUCCAUCCACCAGUGCUGUGUUUGAGCGACAGAUGGCCGUGGCUCUGUGGUCAGGCAGAGCUGCUGCAGGUGGUGCAACUGGCCAGCCGGUCCACUCUGACAGCAUCCACAGUAAGUCUCCAGAUGUGGAGCUGGUGGAACCAGAGGCACUGCUGGUGAAGGAGGAGAAGGUGGAGGCAAACAUGUCCCGAGCUGAAGAGACAGAGGAGGACGUGCCCCUUAUAGGAGAUGAUGGAGUGCUGGAGUGUGUCCCUCGUGGAGCUGCAGGACAGAGACUCAGCCCUGAACAGCAGGACAUCCAAUCCCAGAGCCAGUCUCAGACCCAGAUCCAGAUGCAGAACAGCAGGCGUACUGGCAACAGCAGAGGAGCGGAGGACGCGGAGCCAGAAGUGGUGCUGGUGAAGAUGGAGGAGGUGGAGCUGGUGACAGGACCUCAGAGCCAGGCAAGCCUCAGCAUACAGGAGGGGCUGGUGGAGUCCAGUACAGACAACUACAGAGGAGCGCUGCCAUUCGACGAGACCGCACAGGCUUCCACCAAUCAGCUGUCUGACCUGCAGGAGGCUGGGGGGGGAUUCUCAGAGUGUGCAGCCCCUCAGUCGACCCCGAUGAUAUCGGAAGACUCCAUUGGUGUCGUGUCCGUCCAGCUCAGGGUACCAGACACCAACACACCAGCCAAUCCCAACACACCACCACCUCCACCACCGCAGAGAUCCAGCAACACUCUCUCCUCUAAAUACUCUCUGUUUGAACUGGAUACAUUCUUAAGCCGCUGGGCCACUGAUAGUGACCCCGUCCCCACCCCCGGUGGCCCCUCAUGUCCUUUCACUGCCGAUGACACACCAGAGUGUGACCAGGACAGAGUUAUCAUUGUAGAGGAAGAACCAUCAGUCUCCUCAGCAGUGAGGAUAAGUGGAGGGCAGAGUUUGUCAGCUGGCCGCUCCUCAGGUGACAUCCAGCCGACUGCGUCACAAGCAGGAGGGAUUUCUGUGUCCACACCUCUGAGGAUGCAGGCUCCUUCCUCUCAGCGUCCGUGGAGCAGAACUAUAACCACCAACAGACGAGCACAGUCUCAGCUGCUGCAGCAGCCUCGCAGCAGCAGCAGCUCUGAGCAGCAGGAGACUGUCCCUCUGUCCUCAAGCAGAGCUGCUGUCACUAACACCAACAGUGGGGAUGAAACAAGUGUCUCUGGUAUCAGCUCCACCUGCAGGACUAUGAGCUCCACCGUGGCUCCACAGGCAGCUCUGCCUCUCAGGGGAUCCACUGCGGUGUUGGCCAGCAUCGAGGCAGCCAUCGCUGCGCAGCGUCGAGCUGGCCUCCUGGCCUGCCACAGUAAAAGCCAGGCUGCUGGCGUUGCGCCGGCUGAGCGCCGCAGGAAGAGCUACGUCUGCCGAGCCUGCGGCAAGGCCUUCUCUGGCCUGUCCAACCUGGAGGCCCACGAGCGAGUCCACACGGGGGAGAAACCUUUCCGCUGCAACACUUGCGGGAAGCACUUUUCCGAGGCCGGGAACCUGAAGAAGCACCAGAGGGUUCACACUGGGGAGAAACCCUUCAGCUGUGACCAGUGUGGGAAGAAGUUCGCUUGGAUCUGCAACCUGAGGACGCACCAGCAGUCUGCCACAGGCUGCGGACCACAGGACAGGGGGGGGGGGGGACUGGCCUGAUCACACACAGUUUACUGUGUGGGACUGGAUGCUAACGCUAGGAGUGUGUCAUUCACACAUACAGGCACCUUCAGAGUUACACAGCAGCAAUACUUCACACUCUUCUUCAUGAUGAUCAAACACUGUACCACUAUUAAUCACAAAAUCAGUGUUUUCAUGUUUUAGUUCAUUAGCUACAAACCAUGUGUACUAACAUUACUACUGACCAUUUACCAGAGGAGCUCAUGUCGCUCUGAUGCAGCAGACACUGUUUUUAGUUAAUGAAGCUUGAUUUUAACGUAGAUUUUCAUACUUUACAGAAAUAAAUAGAGACUAAUAAUAAUAAACGGCUGCCUGGAUGUCAGAGAAAGUUAUUAAAAGUCCCACCAGCUCGAAACCAACAAUACCAGGAAGUAGCUUUUACAGAUUAUGGGACAUGUGGUCUUAUUUUGAGCCAAUAAUCAUUCCACAGUUAUCACAUUGUAUUCAACAGUAUAGUCGCUGAUUCAAGGUGCUACUUCAGGAUAAUAUUUGUUAUCUACAAUCUUCUGACAUUCCACCACAAGCCUGGUUUUGGAACCACUGGAUGAAAUAAUCUUUUUUAUUGUGAACAUAUAAACUGUGUUUUGUUAAUAUCCUAAAUAAACAUUUAAUGAGGCACA